CCCGCCAUCUCCCAUUCCCCCUCAUCCGUCAGUCUCCUGGUUCCACGCCGCCUCCUCUUGACUGACUCCGCCCGCCGCAGGUUUCCCUCGCCAUGCCUCCGAAUCUCUCCCCUCCUUGGCCUCAACAUCCUCUCUUUUAGUGUAGUACUAAAUCCGAGGCAACCAAGUUCGCCGCAAGCGCAAAGCCGCCGCCUUUUUGUGUGCCCCGACCGAGCCUCUGUUUCUUGGUUCCCGUUCCGUUACCGCACAGGUCGUCCUCUUCAGUCUUCGCCUCGGAGGUGUCCUCGUUUUCCUAGGAUUUUUUCCCGGAGUUCUACGCGCAUUUUGUUCUGGGUUUGCUUUCCGGUUGGGAGAGGAAUCGGGUGCGGCGCAGGAAGACACUGGUUUUAUCCCACAUGUCCAAUCAGUAGCAGCUAGGAACAGUAGGCGUGCGCCAGUGCGUGUGAUGCGAAGCGAGGAGAGGAUGAAAGUGGAGGAAGCCGGCGGCGGCGAGAUUGGAGAAAUGGAGCCCCCCGCGGUCAGCACGGUGGCGGUGGCGGUCAGCGGGGGCAGGAGUAGCAGGCACGCGCUCAAGUGGGCCCUCGACAAGUUCGUCCCCGAAGGGAGGGUCCUCUUCCGGAUCCUGCACGUCCGCCCGGCGAUCACCAUGGUCCCUACUCCAAGUGAGUAAUCGGCUUCCCCCUUCUCUCUCUCUCUCUCUCUCUCUCUGAAUGGCCUUAAUUCUAUUUACGCCUGUUUGCGUAUGCAGUAGCACUUCUAGUAGUCUUCAGAUAAACUUCCUCGUGUUUACUGUACUAGUCUGAAAUCUGAAACGCCUAGUUUCUGAUGAUUUCUCUUUUUCUGGCCUAAAAAGUGGGAGCAAUUGAGAGAAUAUAUGUAGUUCAUUACUUUAUUGUUAAGGAGGUUCUAACAGGAGGAGGUGGAGGUUAGCGAUCUGAUGCAUCCAAGAUGUGAAUUAACUGAAAUGCUUUACAAGGUCCUUGCACAUUAGUGACAUUACACUGAAUGUGGGAAAUUUUAUACCAAUCUCACAAGUACGCGAGGACGUGGCAUCUGCCUACAGAAAAGAAGAAGAAUGGCGAGCGAGUAAUAUGCUAGUUCCUUUCCAGAAGAUGUGUGCUCAGAGAAAGGUAGAGGCCGAAGCUGUUUUACUUGAAUCAGAUGAUGUUGCUUCUGCUAUAAGCGAAGAGAUAGGGAAAUUCAAUAUUUGCAAGUUAGUUUUAGGUUCUUCAUCAAAGAGCAUAUUUCGAAGGAAACUCAAAGGAAGUAAGACUGCAACCAAAAUAUCUGAGUGCAUUCCAAGCUUUUGUACAGCAUAUGUUAUUUCAAAAGGCAAACUAUCAUUUGUGCGCUCAGCUACAUCUGAUAUUGUUGAAACGCCUCGAUCUAUAUCCUCUUCAACUAUUUCUUCACCUAGCACUAGAAGUCUUUCCUCCUGUGCACCUUCAGAAUGGGGAGACAUAUAUGCAACAACAAAUGUACCAUUGCAUCAACCUUCCUUGCCAUUGCAGCGUGAUCAAGCGUUGGCAAUCAUAAACAAGUUGUCAAACAGGAGAGUUAGCUCUUCGAGCAGUGUUGUGAGCGAGAUCUCUUACAAUGAUGAGCCGGCCCUGACAAGGUCACACUCCAUGAUAUCUGAGAUGCAGUUCAGCAGUGGUAGCAGUGGAAAUUCUGUUUACAAGAGCUUCCAAAGGGAUAAUUUGCCUAACAACUCUGAUGAGGCAUCAGUUUCAGAAAUUUCAGAAAAUGUAAAUCAUCUGAGUGGUCAGGAUGACCUCAGGCUUGAAAUUGAAAGGUUGAGGGUCAAAUUGCAACAUCUUCAUAAGCUUCACGAAGGUGCUCUGCAUGAGUCAUUAGACACCACCCAAAAACUGCAUAAAUCGGGCGCUCGGCACAUUGAGGAUGAAAUCAAGGUGAAAGAAAUCCAACUGGCAGAGGACACGGUAAGGAGACUAGUAAGAAAACAGGAGAUGGAAGAACGCGAAGCAGCGACAGAAGCUGAGUUUUAUCAACGCUCCGAUGAAAUGGAAGCAAAACAGAGUUAUGAUGGUGCGCAAGAAGCUGGUGAGAACGAAAUGGGAAAGAAGAUUGCUGGUCGCGGUUUUGGCGAGUAUAAUAGGUACACGUGGGAGGAGAUUCAGGCGUCGACUUCAUCGUUCUCUUCUGCUCUUAUGAUCGGUAAGGGAUCGUAUGGCACAGUUUACAGGGCGAAGCUUCGUCAUACAGUAGCAGCUGUCAAAGUACUGAACUCCCCUGAAGGCUGUGGAACUCAGCAACUACAGCAGGAGCUCGAGGUCCUCGGCAAAAUCCGGCACCCUCACCUGCUGAUGAUGCUGGGAGCAUGCCCUGAACACGGCUGCCUGGUCUACGAGUACAUGGAAAACGGCAGCCUAGACGACAUGCUGCAACGAAGGAAGCAGAACUCGUCGCCGCUGGCCUGGUUCGACCGGUUCAGGGUGGCCUGGGAGGUGGCGGCGGCUCUGAUGUUCCUCCACAGCUCAAAGCCAGAGCCCAUCAUCCACCGCGACCUGAAGCCCGCGAACAUACUGCUGGACGGGAACCUGGUGAGCAAGAUAGGCGACGUAGGCCUGUCGACCCUGCUCCCAGUCCCAGGCACGGGCGGCGGCGGUCAGGACGUGCCGUCGACGAUGGUCAAGGACACCGCCCCCGUCGGCACGUUCUGCUACAUCGACCCGGAGUACCAGAGGACCGGUGUCCUGUCCAUGAAGUCCGACGUCUACGCGCUGGGCAUCGUGCUCCUGCAGCUGCUGACGGCGAGGCCGCCGGUGGGGCUCGCGCACGCCGUGGAGACCGCGCUGGAGGAGGGCCGAUUCGCUGACGUCCUGGACGCGGCCGCCGGGCAGUGGCCUCUGGGCGAGGCGCAGGAGCUGGCCGUUCUCGCGCUGCGGUGCUCCGAGAUGCGGCGCAAGGACCGGCCCGACUUGAACGGCCGUGUUCUCCCGGCGCUAGAGCGGCUCAAGGAUGUCGCGGCCAAGGCCAGAGAAGGCGCCUUUCAGGGUCACGCGGCGGCACCUCCGAGCCAUUUCAUCUGCCCCAUACUUCAGGAAGUGAUGGUCGAUCCAUACGUCGCGUCAGAUGGCUACACCUACGACGGCAAGGCCAUUGAGCUGUGGCUGAGCACGAACGAGACGUCCCCGAUGACCAACCUGCGUUUGCCCAACAAGAGCCUGAUACCGAAUCACUCCCUUCGUUCUGCGAUCAUGGACUGGAGGUCGAGAAGCAAGUGACUUGUGAUUCGUUCAGCCCUCGGGAUUGCAUGCUUCUUGAUGCCGCAGCGAUGACCGAUUUGUCUUGCACAACGAAGCUGCCAGGGUUUUUUUUUUAUUUUGUUCUAAGAAAUGUAUGCGAGUAGUAUUCAGAUAGGGUUUUAGAGGUUGUGCAGCAGCUCAAGCAAAAAUGUAAAAAAAAAAACGUCAUCUGAUAGCAUUACCUCGCUGUCUCAGCGAAGCCAUUCCUUCUCCUCUCUCUCGUAUGCAAACAAUGCAUUUGCAUAAGCCUGUAGUCAAUGUCAAUUGUUAUGAUCUAGCAUCUGAUUCCGAGACGAAAUGAACUGUGCAUAUUAGAACAGUGCCCUAAAUAUAUGUAGUAUCUUACAUUGUA